AUGCUUUGUAUGUAUUUCCCGGUCGCUUCGACAAGGUCUACUGCUAAUGCAUCACAAGUUCUUAAAGAUCUUCUGGACCCUACUUAUUACGAUAAACGAUUGCGACCAAAUUUCGAAGGUGUUCCGGUGGGAGUAUCGGUGAGUGUUCACGUAACGUCAAUAGGAGGACUAGACGAACAGGAAAUGCAAUUUGCAACCACCUUCUUUCUACGACAAAGUUGGAAAGAUCCACGACUUGCAUUUGGGGAUACUUAUAACGCAAGGAAUCUGACGCUUAGUGGUGACAUCAUGGAGCAGAUAUGGAAGCCAGAUACUUACAUUAACAACGAGAAGUCCAGCAACGCCCCUCCAAAACAGUUUUUACUUACGAUCUUUCCAGAUGGAACAGUAUGGUAUAGUCAAAGGAUGACUGUUGUUGCUACGUGUAUGAUGUACCUAUUAAACUAUCCAAUGGACAAGCAAUACUGCAGCAUAUCCAUUGAGAGUUUUGGCAUGAAUACAGAUGAACUUUUUCUUUUUUGGGUCUCUCCUACAUAUAAGGAUUCAAUAGUCAUAGCUGAUGAAGUUACAUUGUCACAGUUUGCACUGGAUGAGUACUCGGCGACAAAGAUCUUGGCCAGUUAUCCAACAGGGAGUUUCACAAUUCUUAAAGUGACGUUUCUCAUUCGCCGCAAGAAGUUUUACUAUGUGGUCCAAACUUACAUACCAACGAUGCUCAUCACCAUUCUAAGCUGGGUAACCUUUUGGAUCCCAAGAAAUUCACCUCCAGCUCGGGUGGCGCUCGGGAUCACCACAGUCCUCGCCCUCACUACGUUGAUCUUCGGAAUCCAAUCGUCAAUGCCGAGAGUUAGCUACGUCAAAGCAAUCGACUGGUUUUUGAUGAUCUCAUUUUUGUUCGUGUUUAGCGCUCUCAUCGAGUAUCCUGGCUCUAGAUACAUUGAGUCACAUGCGAAAAAAAUUACUAAAACUGGAACGACUGUUCUUCGUCUAGUGAAAGGAGUGCACGCCUUUGAAGGCGGGGCCAAUGCAGCCAAGUCCACUUCUAAAGAGCCCAGCCAGCUCGACGUGGAGAGUGCACAAGUUAAUGAACCCGAGAAGCUGGAUGUGGAAAGUACCGCGAAAGUUAGCGAUGGCGGGGAAAAAGAUGCGAAAAAAGUAGCAGCUUUUGAUGGAGUUGCUGACAUAAUCGCCGACCCUAAGAAAGAUGAAACACCCAAGAAAGGAUGGAAGCGCAUACGAAAGAUGGAAAAACAGAAAAAAGAAAAGAUACCUGACGGUGAAGAUAAUAAUAUAGUUGAUAAAUACGCUAGAAUUGUGUUUCCUCUUCUGUACUUUUUGUAUAAUGCAGCUUAUUGGGUUGUAUAUUUAUUCGAAAUAGAUCUGCUCUUACGGUAAAGCUCGUCUGUUACGCAAUUCUGCAUUAAAGCAAACAUUACACGAUGCCGCAAAUCAAG